CGAUAAGCUAAGUCAAUGACUCACACAGACAGAUAACACAACAGUAGAAGUUCUGAGGUAAUUAGAUCAAGUGGUGGACAGAGCCACAGGGAUCUGGAUCUAUAUGUAUAGUGGUUUAAACUUAAGUCGAACUUAAAGUUUAUGUGUACUGAACUGGGCUAAACAACAGAGUUGAGCUAAGCAGGACCAGGACAAAGUGGAAACAUGACAGCUUCCACUAGACGGGUUUACAAGAGGAGGGAGACCAUCACAGCCCUUCCUCUGUAUUACUCAGGACAGCUGCUGAAGAAAUACACUGGAGAGAAGAUUUUCAAGCCGAUUUAAGUCCGAACUGUAACUAGGCCACACAGGAACAUUUAAUGUCGUCUUGGUGCCUUCUUCUUUGCGAAGCAUUGGAAAACCUCCCUGGUCUUUCUGGUGAAUCUGUGCUUGAAAUUCACUACUCGGCUGAUGUGUGGGGUACAGAGAUGCGGCAAUGAUUUAAAAAUAUAUAUGAAUUAUUGCACACAGAGAAUUUAAGAACUUUUAUGCAGAGCUCCGUGGAUCAAAACUCUUUCUGUACACAGACGAGAUGCAUGACACAUACUCAGAGAAACUGGACCUUCAGAUGUGGAAGUCGAUGUCGAUGGAUUCUCCUUAUCAAAACAACAGGUCAACCAUCUACACUCUCACCCUGACCAAUGAGGAAGUGCAGCUAAAGGUGGAUAACCCCAACACAGGAGAGGAGUGGAGAGGCUUCAUCAUGACUGUGGCCACUAAGGAGAUCCCCAGUAAACUGCAGCUGCUCCCAGGUCAGAUGCUGAGGCUGGAAGAGGUUCUGUCUGAGGAGAAGAAGAGACAGGCCCCACGUCCUCCCCUGCCUUACACCACCUACCAUAUCCAUCCCUCCUCAGACGACACAUAUGACGAUGCCCUCUCUGGAACCCCCCUCUGUUUCUUUCCUGUGUCUCGACAGAAGGCAGAGAAGAUGUUGAAGGAGAACACAGAGUACGGCAGCAUCAUUCUCCGCCCCUCAACUGACAACACUAACUACGCCAUCACCUUGAGACAGGACUACUCCAGUGGCCCAGUGAUGAAGAACUACAAAGUGCUUUCCAUAGACACAGGCUUCGUCAUUGAACUAGAUGCCCCGGUGACUGUCCCUUCCCUGGGGGCAGUGCUAGAUCACUUCUUGAAGGCAACAGAGUUCCGUCUGCACCCAUACCUGGUUCCCCAGACCUACGACACCUGCAUUGAUUUGCCACUCGCACUGCCCUGUUUUCCACCCAAAACGGUCCCCCCGGCGAGAGUGGCACUGAUGAUCCCGAAAGGGAGCACCCCUCCCUCCUUUUCCAAACUCCCAAUCAAAGACACAGAUACAGAAAAAGAAUAUCAAGACGCAGAUGAAGUAUUAAACCCAGACCCCAUACCUGAAGACCUGAAUUAGGAGCUCCGCACAGCAGUACCGAAAGGGGAUGAAACAGACCUACACAGGGGAACAGUUUUCACACACUACACAAAAAUCACACACACAGAGCAACAAUGUCACAAAUGAACACACUUGAUCCAUAGCAUCUAGCAAGUUUUUGUUUCUCUGUGGUUUUGUACCCAAAUGUCACGUUGGCGAGGAAACAUCCUGUCAAUCAUCCUUAUAAAGAUGUGUACACUAUAGUAAAUGCACUUUUUUUUUGUUGAGCUCAUGCUUGGCUCCAGUUAAAAAUUUGCCAAUGAGAUGUAGAUUUGAAAUAAUACAAUGGUGCAUAAAGAUUACUACUGGCCUAGA